AUGCAAUCCACUCCCCUUUUUUACAAAAGAAACGCGUGUCCUGAGCUGUGGGAAACUUCCAGGUCCUACAUCUGCUACGUGGGAAGGCCCGAGAGGGAUUAUUUGUGUGCUCGUCUUCACGGCAGCAGUUGCACAAGUUACGCACAUGCGUGGACAGCCGAAAGGCCGAGGCUUCAGACUUUUGCCUUUAAUCUCACGAACAGAGGCCCCCUCCUUAAAAACCCCACGUCGGUAGGUGAGAGAAGCAGCCAGCCCGCAGAGCGCUGGAGUUUGCCGAACUCCCGCUGCCUUAGGUGGUGGUCCCGGCAGCCAGGGGCACUGGCCGGCUCCCCAGGCUCUGCAGCACUGGGAAAUCACCUUUUUCCCCCCAGUAUUUCGAGUUCCCUGCCCAAACCACUCGUCCCGAGAUUAUUCAUUAACUCCUUUUGCAGCAGAGGCGUUUCUCUGAGGUCCUCCCGUCCCUCCCGCCCCGGCGCCCCUCAGCCCGGCUCGCUGCCCUCCUACCUGCUCGCCUCCCCCGGCCACCGGGACUCCCGCAGCGCCGCGUCCCUCCGCACCUGCCCUUUUUUUGGGGGCUGCAAGCGUGCCUUUUCCGUCAAGGCAACAUCACUUCCCGUAAGGCCCGAGGUAGGGGCGGGACGGCGGCGGGCAGGACUGAUCCACACCUAUCGCAAGAUUAACGCUGUCCUCCCGAGCUACACGCUGAAGCACUUCUCCAAGUACAGCCUGACUUUCAGGCAACCUUAUCUACUAAAUAGCCACUCUAGCCUCACUCCGUCAGGAAUCAAAGAUGCGUAUAUGCAUGUGCGGUACAUGUGUGUAUGUAUCUAUAUACAGGCACGCGCGCGAGGCCCCGCGGCCUCUCCGCGCUGCUCGGCGGCACCUUCCCCCGUCCGGCGGGGAGCGGGGGCAGAAGAGGGCCCGGUGCUCCCCGCCCCGGGAGCGCGUCGCCCCGCGGCCCCGAGCAGCGCCCUGCCAGGCGCUGCCGGCGGGCCAGCGCCGCUGCUGGCGCUCACGGUGGCGCUGCGGACGCUCAACUGCUUCCUCGUCCAGACCAGCUUCGUCCCGGACGAGUACUGGCAGUCGCUGGAGGUGGCGCACCGCAUGGUCUUCAAUUAUGGGUACCUGACUUGGGAAUGGGCAAAUGGCUUAAGGGGCUACUCGUACCCACUGAUCUUUGCGGGCAUCUACAAGGCUUUACAGCUGCUGGCUAAGGAUGAUGUUCACCUGCUGAUAUGGGUCCCUAGACUUGCACAGGCAGUGCUGGCAGCUUUUGCUGAUGUGAAGCUUUACUCAUUAGUGCAACACCUUGAAAAUGCAGAAACAGCAAAGUGCGUGUACUUCUGUCAGCUGUGUUCCUGGUUUACAUGGUAUUCCUGUACCAGAACUCUAACAAACACCAUGGAGACUCUUCUUACCAUUUUUGCUCUUUCCUACUAUCCGAUAAAAGGUUCCAAGAUGGGGAGCAGUUGCAAAUAUUUAGCUUUGAUAGCACUUGCAAUUGUUAUUCGUCCUACUGCUGUCAUCCCAUGGAUACCUUUAGUCUUCAGUCAUUUUUUGCAAGAACAGAGGAAAGCAGACCUUAUCCUACACAACUACAUUCCAGUUGGAUUGGUCACAGUAGGAACCUCUUUAAUAAUUGACCGUGUGUUUUUUGGUGAGUGGGUACUGGUUCAGCUGAACUUCUUGAAAUUCAACGUGCUGCAGAAUUUGGGAACGUUUUACGGAUCUCAUCCUUGGCAUUGGUACUUCACUCAGGGACUACCAGUCAUCUUGGGUACCCAUCUGCCUUUCUUUAUUCAUGGCUGUGUGCUGGCACCAAAAAGGUAUCGCAUCUUUCUAAUGGCAGUGAUUUGGACAGUGUUGGUAUACAGCACGCUGAGCCAUAAAGAAUUCAGGUUCAUCUAUCCAGUACUGCCAUUUUGCAUGGUUUUUUGUGGAUAUUCUUUGAAACACCUGAAAGCAUGGAAGAAGUCUGCAGCAAGUUUCCUGCUUUUAUCCAACUUACUCCCAGCUCUGUAUACAGGCUUGAUUCACCAGCGAGGCUCUCUUGAUGUUAUGAGUCACAUACAGCAACUCUGCAAUAGCUCUUACCAGUCACAAGCUUUUGUCUUCAUCAUGAUGCCAUGCCACUCUACUCCAUUUUACAGUCAUGUUCACUGUCCUCUAAAAAUGAGAUUCCUUCAAUGUCCCCCAGACCUAACCGGAAAUGAGAGCUACAUUGAUGAAGCAGAUGUAUUUUACUCUAAUCCACUUGGCUGGCUUAAUAAGGAGUUUUACAAUGAUACGUUAUUACCCAGUCACUUGAUCUUCUUCAGUGUGCUAGAACAGGAAAUAUCAUCAUUUCUAGCUUUAAGGGGCUAUGAGAGAACAGCUACUGUCUUUCACACUCAUGUACCUCAAGGACGAGUUGGAAGCCAUAUCUAUGUCUACAGGAAAAAAACUGACAUUAAUCGUACCUGAAGAUCAGUUUCUAGACUUAAGAGCUAAAUGAGAUCAGUUUUGCAUAGUAGUACUAUGCUUAGAAGAUCUUGUACUGCAGAAAGGAGAGAGUAGUGAGUCUGAAACCGGGUAAGUCAAAUGGGGAGGUCUGAUUAGGCAGCCAUUGUCUCUCUGGAAACACAUAAACCUCUUCCUGAAGGCAACUUCAGUAGCAGUAUGGCAGGGUGGGGGUGUUGACCUACCUUACAACACUAGAAAACAUCAGGAAGACCAAAGUUACCAUAUGACUACUUAAACAAUAAAAAAUUAGACAAGACUGGACCAUUUUUAUAGAACUGUACAGCUAUACCAAGUUUGUUUUAUAAAUAAAGACUUUUACCCACAAUGUCUCUUUAUUUUUCUUCUACAAUAUGCAGAUAUGCAAGACAUUUCAAGUGCUUAAAUCAGCAAGCUGAUUAGAGUGCAGCACAGCAAAUUCUUCACAAUUCAACAAGCUCUUGAGCCCCC